AUGUCAAGCCGAUUUUUUCAGAAGUACUUUUUUCGUUGUGAGCACUGCAAGUCAAUUCAACGCCACGCAAAGGGAUACAGACCGAUUCCGAAUCCCAUUCUUUUUGACUCGGAUGCACAUUGUCGCAGCUACCACCGUGAACAGCGUGAGUGCACUGGGAUGUCGGGGUCUGUCGUGACGUGCCGCUGCGACAAAUGCCAGCGUGUCCACUCAUCGUGGGGUGUAGUAGACUUUCAGGAGUUUCUUGACCUGAAGGAGUCAAUGACUCCUGAGAAGCGGGUGGCGCUUCUGUGGCCCUCGGCGGGAAAUCCUGUCGCGAAAAAAAUGACAAAGUAG